AUGCUUCACUGGCUGACGCAAUUUUCCGAUCAGGUCCAGUUCUUCAAUCUGUUCCGCUACAUCACGUUCCGGACGGGCGGGGCGCUUCUGACCUCGGCCUUCAUCGUCUUCCUGGCCGGACCGCGCAUCAUCGAUGCGCUGCGCCUGCGCCAGGGCAAGGGACAGCCGAUCCGCGCCGACGGGCCGCAGACCCAUUUCAAGAAGGCCGGAACACCGACGAUGGGCGGGCUGAUGAUGCUGUUCGGCAUCAUCGGCGCGACGCUCCUGUGGGGCAAUCUGACCAACCCUUACGUAUGGGUGGUGGUCGCGGUGACGCUCGGUUUUGGCGCGAUCGGCUUUUACGACGAUUAUCUGAAGGUCACCAAGCAGACCGACAAGGGCUUUUCCGGCCGCGCCCGGCUGGCGAUCGAGUUCGUGAUCGCGGGGCUUGCGGCCUAUGUGAUCAUGCGGGCGGGCGCGACGCCGUUUUCCUCGUCGCUGGCCUUUCCCUUCUUCAAGGAUUUCCUGAUCAAUCUGGGCAUCUUCUUCAUCCCGUUCGCCGCCUUCGUGAUGGUAUCGGCGGGCAAUGCGGUGAACCUGACCGACGGGCUGGACGGGCUGGCGAUCGUUCCGAUCAUGAUCGCGGCCUCAUCGUUCGGCGUCAUCGCCUACCUGUCGGGCAAUGCGAUCUUCGCCGACUAUCUGCAGAUCCAUUUCGUGCCCGGCACCGGCGAACUUGCGGUGGUUCUGGGCGCGGUGAUCGGCGCCGGGCUCGGCUUUUUGUGGUUCAACGCGCCGCCGGCGGCGAUAUUCAUGGGCGACACCGGCUCGCUGGCGCUGGGCGGGCUGAUCGGCGCGGUCGCGGUCGCCACCAAGCACGAGAUCGUCAUGAUCAUCAUUGGCGGGCUGUUCGUCCUGGAAGCCAUGUCGGUGAUCAUCCAGGUCGCCUAUUUCAAGAUGACGGGGCGCCGCGUCUUCCUGAUGGCGCCCAUUCACCACCAUUUCGAAAAGCUCGGCUGGACCGAAAGCCAGGUGGUGAUCCGCUUCUGGAUCAUCGCCGUCAUCCUGGCGCUGGUCGGCCUGUCGACGCUGAAGCUCAGGUAG